UUCCCCACCUUGCCAGCGCUCGGCCUGACUCGGCUAGCCCUUGCUUGCUUCCCCGCGCACCCCGCAUCCCACGACACACACGCGCCCCCGGAGCGCCGACGGAGCGGACAUGGGCAGAGCGAUGGUGGCCAGGCUGGGACUGGGGCUGCUGCUCCUGGCUCUACUCCUCCCCGCGCAGGUUUAUUCAAAUAACUCAACUACCACAACUCCUUCAACAGUUACAAAUAGCACCACUCAUUCGACUACUACUACUACUACAACUUCAGCAACUACUACUAAUACCACCAAUGGGAGUGACAGCGUUCUGCAGUCAGUCUCAUGUCUCUUCAUGAUCUUGUUCUCGCUUCUACAUCUCUACUGUUAAGAGACUCAGGCCAAGAAAUACCUAUUCUUCUCCAUCUUCUAAGCGGUGUCCAGAUGUCUACUGCAGCAAGGAAAAUACAGGUCUUCACUGUAUCUGCUAAUUCUACUCCUUGUUUUGUUGAAAUGGAAAAUAUUGAGGAUCCCAAAUUUGAUUUGAAGAGCAUGCGAGUGAUUGACUAGAUGGUGAAUGCCAAUAUUAAAUGCUGAAGAGUCUUGUAGAAGAUGAAGAAAGACAACAUCUAAAAUUAAUUGUGAUGAUUUCCUUAAAUGUGGCUUCAGGAAUAUGCACACGUAAAACUCAGUCUUGAAAAUAAGAAUAGAUUUUAUCUUACCCAGAUAUAAAGGAUGGGAUGUAGAACUAAGAUUAAAUUUUUUUUGUUCUUUAAGUUGUUAUGGCCAUUGUUGUGUAUGUAAACAUUUCAUGGGAUUAUUAUGUUGCAGAACAACCCUUGAUGGGGUUGACUGAUGGGGAGGGAUGGAGGAUGAGGUCUUUCUCCUCCAGCUCAGACCACGCAUCUGCUACCUUAUUCAGAUGGCAGUUAUAAAGCUAACAGGCAGUCAGGCUUCUGAAGGUAACAGCUUUAUUCCGUGCAUAAGGCUGAAACCAAAAGCCUCAGAAUCAGCCCCAGGAAAAAAAGCCCCUUGCCUUCCACAGACCCUUGCUUUUAUACAUCAGAAUCAGGGACCACCCUAGGGUGGGAGCAGAAUGCCAGGUCACACCCUAGGGUAGGGCACAAUCACAGAUCAGGGUAGAAUCAGUAACAAAAUAAUCCCAUGGAAAUGUUUACAUACACAACAGGCCAUAAGACAGCUACAUUAAAAAAAUGAAUGUGGUUCUAUUUAUGUAUACAUGAGAAGAAAUUGACAAGUGUGACUGCAAAUCCUCAAUGUAGCAUACUAAUUCAAUGAUAAUAAACUUCAGAUAGAAAGUUUUACAAUGUUGGGCCUGGUGUGUUGUCUUGGGGCCUGAAAGCCUUCCUCUGCAGUUUUGGAUUUGACAUUGCACCUGACCUGUGUGUACUAAUUGACAUGUGCUUAGGAAAUGAUGGUUUGGAAUUUCCCCAAAUCUAAGCAUGAGUGAGUAAAUUUUGCUUCUAUACUUAAUCAUCUAUUCCUGU